CGAAGGGGCCCCAGAGCCAGAGACUAUGGCUAGCGGCUCCCCCAGCCGGGCUGAGCCGAGGCGCUGCUGAAAGUUCCCGCGCAGCCCUUCUGGCGAGGACCAUUUCCUUAGGGGAUCCAUUCCUUGUUUUCAUGACUUUGAGAGUACUUAAUCAGAAAUGGAGCAGAUGGACUGCAAACCCUACCAGCCACUGUCAAAAGUUAAGCAUGAAAUGGAUCUAGCUUAUACAAGUUCUUCAGAUGAGAGUGAAGAUGGGAGAAAACCAAGACAAUCCUAUGACUCCAGAGAAACUCUAAAUGAAUAUAGCCAAGAACUAAGACUGAACUACAACAGCCAUAGCAGAAAAAGAACUGUUGUUGACAAAUCUACUCAAGAGAUGGAAUUCUGUGAAACUCCACACAUUGUGUGCUCUAGCUACCAAACAGACUUGCAUGGUGUGUCUCAACAUGGUUACCCAUUGGAGAUGGGGUCAGAUGUGGAUACUGAGACUGAAGGUGGUGCUUCCCCAGAUCAUGGCCUGAGGAUGUGGAUGGCAGGAAUGAAAUCAGAACACAGUUCCUGUUUGUCAAGCCGGGCAAACUCAGCUUUGUCCCUCACUGAUACUGACCAUGAAAGGAAGUCUGAUGGAGAGAAUGAUAUGCCGGGCAGCCCACAUAACCAGUUCACAUUCAGACCACUCCCACCCCCUCCACCACCACCACAUGCAUGCACCUGCAGCAGGAAACCACCUCCAACAGCAGAUUCUCUCCAGAAAAGAUCAAUGACAACCCGAAGUCAACCCAGUCCAGCUGCUCCAACCCCUCCAUCCACUACGCAAGAUUCUGUACACCUGCAUAACAGCUGGGUCUUGAAUAGUAAUAUACCAUUGGAGACAAGGCAUUUCCUAUUUAAACAUGGAUCUGGUUCUUCAGCUAUCUUCAGUGCAGCCAGUCAGAACUACCCUUUAACAUCCAAUACUGUUUACUCUCCACCUCCUAGGCCACUUCCUAGAAGUACAUUUUCUAGACCUGCCUUCACUUUUAACAAACCUUACAAGUGCUGCAACUGGAAGUGCACUGCUUUGAGUGCUACAGCUAUUACAGUUACCCUGGCACUGUUGCUAGCCUAUGUUAUUGCAGUACAUUUGUUUGGCUUAACAUGGCAACUGCAGCCUGUUGAAGGGCAACUCUAUGAAAACGGAGUUAGCAAAGGAAACAGGGGCACGGAGUCCAUGGAUACCACUUACUCACCAAUCGGAGGGAAAGUGUCUGAUAAAACAGAAAAGAAAGUGUUUCAGAAAGGACGAGCUAUAGACACAGGAGAAGUUGACAUUGGAGCACAAGUUAUGCAGACCAUCCCACCAGGUUUAUUCUGGCGUUUUCAGAUCACUAUCCAUCACCCGAUGUACCUGAAAUUUAACAUUUCACUUGCAAAGGACUCUCUACUGGGAAUUUAUGGUAGACGAAACAUUCCUCCCACGCAUACUCAGUUUGAUUUUGUAAAACUGAUGGAUGGAAAGCAGUUAAUUAAACAAGAACCAAGGAACUCUGAGGAGCCUCAGCAUGCUCCUAGGAAUUUGAUCUUAACAUCCCUACAAGAGACAGGUUUCAUUGAAUAUAUGGAUCAAGGAGCUUGGCACAUGGCGUUUUACAAUGACGGAAAAAAAAUGGAGCAAGUAUUUGUAUUAACUACAGCAAUUGAGCCAAUCUUUGUACACAAAUUUCUGCUUCCAUUAGAAAUCAUGGAUGACUGCUCCACUAAUUGCAAUGGGAAUGGAGAGUGCAUCUCAGGUCAUUGCCACUGUUUCCCAGGAUUUCUCGGGCCAGACUGUGCAAGAGACUCAUGCCCAAUAUUGUGCAAUGGAAAUGGAGAAUAUGAAAAAGGUCACUGUGUAUGUCGCAAUGGAUGGAAAGGCCCAGAGUGUGAUGUACCAGAAGAACAAUGUAUUGAUCCAACUUGCUUUGGCCAUGGUACUUGCAUCAUGGGAGUAUGUAUUUGUGUCCCAGGAUACAAAGGAGAAAUUUGUGAGGAAGAGGACUGUUUAGAUCCCACAUGCUCUGGCCAUGGCGUCUGUGUUCAAGGGGAAUGUCACUGCUCCACAGGAUGGGGAGGCAUAAACUGUGAGACAUCUCUUCCUAUAUGUCAAGAGCAGUGCUCAGGCCAUGGGACUUUCCUUGUGGAUACUGGCAUCUGUAGCUGUGAGCCUAAGUGGACAGGGUCAGACUGUUCAACAGAAUUAUGCACUCUGGAUUGUGGUAGCCAUGGGGUUUGUUCGAGAGGAAUAUGCCAAUGUGAAGAAGGUUGGGUAGGACCAACUUGUGAGGAACGUACAUGCCACUCUCACUGUGCUGAACAUGGCCAGUGUAAAGAUGGGAAGUGUGAAUGCAGCCCAGGAUGGGAAGGGGAUCAUUGCACCAUUGCUCACUACUUAGAUGCUGUGCGAGAUGGCUGCCCAGGUCUGUGUUAUGGAAAUGGGAGAUGCACUCUUGAUCAGAAUGGAUGGCACUGUGUGUGUCAAGUGGGAUGGAGUGGCACAGGAUGUAACAUUGUCAUGGAAAUGGUGUGUGGAGAUAAUAUGGAUAAUGAUGGAGAUGGUUUGACAGACUGUGUAGACCCUGAUUGUUGUCAGCAAAGCAAUUGCUACAUAAGCCCUCUCUGCCAAGGUUCACCUGAUCCCCUUGACCUCAUUCAGCACACCCAGCCUCCUUUCUCUCAGCAUCCUCCAAGGCUCUUUUAUGAUAGAAUCAAGUUCCUUAUUGGCAAGGAGAGCACUCAUGUAAUCCCGGGAGAUGUCUUAUUUGACAGCAGACGUGCCUGUGUUAUUCGAGGCCAGGUGGUAGCAUUUGAUGGAACAGCGUUGGUAGGAGUGAAUGUCAGUUUCCUACACCACAGUGAUUAUGGAUACACCAUCAGUCGACAGGAUGGAAGUUUUGACCUCAUGGCUAUCGGAGGCAUCUCUGUCACCCUCCUCUUUGACAGAUCUCCUUUCAUUUCUGAGAAAAGGACACUUUGGUUACCUUGGAAUAGGUUUAUUGUAGUAGAAAAAGUUGUCAUGCAAAGAACAGAGGCUGACCCACCAUCUUGUGACAUCACUAGCUUUAUCAACCCGAAUCCAAUUGUGCUUCCUUCACCACUGACAACAUUUGGAGGAUCCUGUCCAGAGAGAGGAACAAUCAUUCCAGAGCUGCAGGUGGUCCAGGAGGAAAUCCCAAUUCCUUCUAGCUUUGUUAAACUCAGUUAUCUCAGCAGUCGAACUCCUGGAUAUAAAACCUUGCUCCGCAUUAUUUUGACACAUGCAACCAUCCCUCCUGGACUGACAAAAGUGCAUCUUACAGUUGCUAUUGAAGGGCGGCUAGUUCAGAAGUGGUUUCCUGCUGCUACAAACCUGGUCUAUGCUUUUGCCUGGAACAAGACAGACAUUUAUGGACAAAAGGUGUCUGGCCUGGCAGAGGCAACAGUGUCAGUAGGAUAUGAAUAUGAAACAUGCCAUGAUUUUAUUCUGUGGGAGAAAAGGACAGCUAUCCUGCAGGGCUUUGAGAUGGAUGCGUCGAAUCUGGGGGGUUGGUCCAUAAACAAACACCACAUAUUGAAUCCACAAAGUGGGAUCGUACACAAAGGAAAUGGAGAAAACAUGUUCAUUUCCCAGCAACCCCCAGUCAUCUCAACCAUCAUGGGCAAUGGACACCAGAGAAGUGUCUCCUGUUCCAAUUGCAAUGGACUUGCCCUCAGCAGCAAACUCUUUGCCCCGGUUGCCUUGGCUUCUGGUCCAGAUGGCAGUGUGUACAUUGGAGACUUCAAUUUUGUCAGACGCAUUUUUCCCUCAGGAAAUUCCAUUAGCAUUUUAGAAUUAAGGAACAGAGAUACAAGACAUAGCACAAGUCCAGCUCACAAGUACUACCUGGCUGUGGACCCAGUGUCAGAAUCCCUUUAUUUAUCAGAUACAAACACCAGGAGAAUCUACAAAGUGAAAUCUCUCAGUGAAACAAAGGAUUUGGCAAAAAACUAUGAUGUGGUGGCAGGGACAGGAGAUCAGUGCCUUCCGUUUGAUCAGAGUCACUGUGGAGAUAGUGGGAGGGCAUCAGAAGCAUCACUCAACAGUCCUAGAGGUAUCACUGUGGAUAAGUAUGGAUUCAUUUACUUUGUCGAUGGCACCAUGAUUCGGAAAAUUGAUGAAAGUGGUGUGAUAACAACAGUAAUAGGUUCAAAUGGUCUCACAUCAACACAGCCACUGAGCUGUGACUCUGGAAUGGACAUUACUCAGGUGCGGUUAGAGUGGCCAACAGACCUUGCAGUCAACCCGAUAGACAACUCAUUGUAUGUACUGGACAAUAACAUUGUACUGCAGAUUUCUGAGACUAGGCGUGUGCGAAUUAUUGCGGGACGCCCUAUUCACUGCCAGGUACCAGGCAUGGAUCAUUUCUUAGUCAGCAAGGUGGCAAUCCAUUCAACCCUGGAAUCAGCUAGAGCAAUCAGUGUCUCUCACAGUGGGACACUGUACAUUGCUGAGACAGAUGAAAGAAAGAUAAAUCGCAUACAACAGGUUACUACCAAUGGUGAGAUUUCCAUAAUUGCUGGAGCCCCAACAGAUUGUGACUGCAAGAUUGAUCCAAACUGUGACUGUUUCUCAGGUGAUGGUGGGUAUGCCAAAGAUGCAAAGCUGAAAGCACCCUCUUCGCUAGCAGUCUCUCCUGAUGACACCCUGUAUAUAGCAGAUCUUGGCAAUAUUCGCAUCCGUGCAGUCAGUCGAAACAAGGCUCAUCUCAGUGACAUGAAUAUUUAUGAGAUUGCAUCCCCAGCAGACCAGGAACUGUAUCAGUUUACCACCAAUGGGACCCACCUUCACACACUGAAUCUGAUAACAAGGGACUAUAUUUACAAUUUCACAUACAAUGGAGAAGGAGACAUUGCCACCAUCACUAACAGCAAUGGGAAUUCAGUUCACAUUCGCAGAGAUGCUAGUGGAUUGCCUCUGUGGCUAGUGGUGCCUGGAGGCCAGGUAUACUGGCUAACCAUAAGCAGCAAUGGUGUUCUGAAAAGAGUAUAUGCUCAAGGCUACAACUUAGCACUGAUGACAUACCCUGGCAACACAGGUCUUCUAGCAACCAAAAGUAAUGAGAAUGGAUGGACAACAGUUUAUGAGUAUGACCUUGAAGGACACCUAACGAAUGUAACCUUUCCAACUGGUGAGGUCAGCAAUUUCCACAAUGAUGUUGAAAAACUAACAAGAGUAGAACUUGAAUCAUCAAACAGAGAAAAUGUGAUUACAGCUACAAACUUCUCAGCUACCUCUACUAUAUACACUUUAAAACAAGACAACACGCAGAAUAUCUAUCGGGUCAGCCCGGAUGGUUCACUGAGGGUCACCUUUGCCAGUGGAAUGGAAAUCACUCUCAACACAGAGCCCCAUAUUCUAGCAGGUGUCGUCAACCCCACUUUGGGAAAGUGCAAUAUCUCAUUACCUGGAGAGCAUAAUUCAAACCUCAUAGAAUGGAGGCAAAGGAAAGAGCAGACCAAAGGCAAUAUCUCAGCAUUUGAGAGAAGGUUAAGGGCCCAUAACAGAAACCUGUUAUCCAUUGAUUUUGACCACGUAACCAGAACAGGAAAGAUCUAUGAUGACCAUCGAAAAUUCACCCUCCGGAUUCUGUAUGACCAGACAGGACGUCCAAUUCAGUGGUCACCCAUCAGCAAAUAUAAUGAAGUCAACAUCACUUACUCACAUUCAGGAUUAGUGACCUACAUUCAGAGAGGAACGUGGACUGAAAAAAUGGAGUAUGACCCAAGUGGGAAGAUAAUUUCCAGAACAUGGGCAGAUGGUAAAAUAUGGAGCUACACAUAUUUGGAAAAGUCUGUGAUGGUCCUUUUGCACAGCCAGCGACGCUACAUUUUUGAAUAUGACCAGUCUGAUUAUCUGCUCUCAGUCACCAUGCCAAGUAUGGUGCGUCAUGGUUUGCAAACCAUGCUUUCAGUUGGGUACUAUCGCAAUAUAUACACCCCACCAGAUAGCACAGCUUCUUUCAUACAAGAUUUUGCCAGAGAUGGACGACUUUUGCAAAUACUGUAUCCUGGAACGGGUCGCAGGGUCCUUUAUAAGUAUACCAAACAGUCCCGACUAUCAGAGAUUCUUUAUGAUACUACUCAAGUCACAUUUACAUAUGAAGAAUCCUCUGGGGUUAUUAAAACAAUACACCUAAUGCAUGAUGGGUUCAUCUGUACCAUCAGAUACAGGCAAACAGGCCCUCUUAUUGGUCGUCAGAUCUUCAGAUUUAGUGAAGAAGGACUUGUAAAUGCCAGAUUUGACUACAGUUACAACAAUUUCCGGGUCACCAGCAUGCAGGCCAUGAUAAAUGAGACUCCUCUUCCUAUAGAUCUGUACCGAUAUGUUGAUGUAUCUGGAAGGACUGAACAAUUUGGAAAAUUCAGUGUAAUCAAUUAUGACUUAAACCAAGUUAUAACUACCACAGUCAUGAAACACACCAAGAUUUUUAGUGCCAAUGGUCAGGUGAUUGAAGUGCAAUAUGAAAUUCUUAAGUCCAUAGCCUAUUGGAUGACCAUUCAGUAUGAUAAUAUGGGUCGUAUGGUGAUAUGUGAUAUACGAGUAGGAGUAGAUGCCAACAUAACAAGGUAUUUUUAUGAGUAUGAUGCCGAUGGUCAACUUCAAACUGUCUCUGUGAAUGACAAAACCCAGUGGCGUUAUAGUUACGACCUUAAUGGAAAUAUAAACUUGCUUAGUCAUGGAAACAGUGCCCGUCUCACUCCUCUGAGAUAUGAUCUUAGAGAUCGCAUUACUAGACUUGGAGAAAUUCAGUACAAAAUGGAUGAAGAUGGGUUUCUUAGACAAAGAGGCAAUGAAAUAUUUGAGUAUAACUCCAAUGGUCUCUUGAACAAAGCUUACAACAAAGUGUCUGGUUGGACUGUGCAAUACUGUUAUGAUGGGCUUGGACGACGAGUUGCAAGUAAAUCAAGUCUAGGACAGCACCUACAGUUCUUUUAUGCUGAUCUCUCCAAUCCAAUAAGAGUUACUCAUUUAUACAAUCAUACUAGCUCAGAAAUAACAUCUCUAUAUUAUGAUCUUCAAGGCCAUCUCAUUGCGAUGGAAUUAAGCAGUGGAGAAGAAUAUUAUGUUGCUUGUGACAACACUGGCACACCCCUAGCUGUCUUUAGCAGUCGGGGUCAAGUAAUAAAAGAAAUUCUAUACACACCUUACGGAGAUAUCUACCAAGACACUUAUCCAGAUUUUCAGGUUAUCAUUGGUUUUCAUGGAGGGCUCUAUGAUUCUCUUACUAAAUUAGUGCAUUUGGGUCAAAGAGAUUAUGAUGUCAUUGCUGGACGUUGGACAACACCAAAUCAUCAUGUGUGGAAACAUUUAAACAUCAUCCCCAAACCAUUUAAUCUCUACUCAUUUGAAAAUAACUAUCCAGUUGGCAGAAUUCAAGAUGUCGCUAAGUAUACUACAGAUAUUGGAAGUUGGCUAGAACUGUUCGGUUUCCAGCUACACAACGUGCUUCCUGGAUUUCCAAAACCAGAGAUAGAAACUUUGGAAACAACAUAUGAACUUUUACAGCUUCAAACAAAAACCCAAGAGUGGGAUCCUGGAAAGACUAUCCUUGGCAUUCAGUGUGAGCUGCAAAAACAACUUAGGAACUUUAUAUCCUUGGAUCAACUUCCUAUGACCCCCAGGUACAGUGAUGGGAGAUGUCUUGAAGGAGGAAAACAGCCCAGGUUUGCAGCCAUUCCGUCUGUGUUUGGAAAAGGGAUCAAAUUUGCCAUUAAGGAUGGGAUAGUGACUGCUGAUAUUAUAGGAGUAGCAAAUGAGGACAGCCGGCGCAUUGCUGCCAUCCUCAACAAUGCUCACUAUCUUGAGAACCUGCAUUUUACCAUAGAAGGACGAGACACGCACUAUUUCAUCAAGCUAGGGUCUUUGGAAGAAGACUUGGCUCUAAUAGGCAACACAGGAGGCCGGCGCAUUUUGGAGAAUGGUGUCAAUGUCACUGUGUCUCAGAUGACAUCUGUGAUAAAUGGGAGGACUAGACGGUUUGCUGAUAUACAGCUCCAGCAUGGUGCUUUGUGCUUUAAUGUUCGUUAUGGGACAACCAUUGAGGAAGAAAAGAACCAUGUCUUAGAAAUAGCCAGGCAGAGGGCAGUAGCUCUGGCCUGGACUAAAGAACAAAGACGUCUGCAAGAAGGAGAAGAAGGCAUUAGAGCAUGGACGGAGGGAGAAAAACAGCAGCUUUUAAGCACUGGGAGGGUACAAGGCUAUGAUGGAUACUUUGUUUUAUCUGUAGAGCAGUAUCUUGAACUUUCGGACAGUGCCAACAAUAUUCACUUUAUGAGACAGAGUGAAAUAGGCAGGAGGUAA